AUGUAUGAAGUAUCAUUUUGCAGCGUCGCAGAAAAAACAAAGCUGAAGACGAAAUUUUGGAGCCUUUCUUUUGAAUACCUAAUAAUAUUUAAAAAUAUAAGUUAUUGUAAAGAGGAUCAAGAAAUAAGAGAUCAACCAUUUGGUAUUCAAGUCAGAAAUGUACGAUGUAUCAAAUGCCAUAAAUGGGGUCAUAUUAAUACUGACAGAGAAUGUUCUUUAUCAACUGUUACAAGUAAUGGUACUAGUGCUAAUAGAAACACACAAGAAUUAAUAAAAAAAAUGGGAGAAAAUUUUUUUGAAUUAAAAAAAAGUGCUGCAUCUAAACAACAACAAAAAUCAUUUGCAAACAAUGGAGAGGAUAGUGACACGGAACUAUUUAUGUAUGUAAAAACAUUAAGUAGAAAGAAAAAAAUGAAAUUACUCAAGCGAUUGGAUAGAAUCAAUAAAAUUGGUUUUCAUUGAAUGAUUUUUUUUUACCUAUUUACUGUACAUAAUUAAUAUUACUACAUUAAAGUUCAUUAAUCUAAAAUUGUACAGAAUCUUAGUGUAUAAUUUAUUUUGUAUAUUAUGCUUCUAAUUUUUACUUCCAUUAAACAUUAAACUUGUUCCUUUUACCUUUAUGUCAUCUAAGUAGCACUCACUUUUCAUGUUAUCGUAUAUUAUGCAAAUAACAGGAUAAUUAUUCUGUGCUAUAAUUUCAAUGUAUUAUUUAUACCAUUAAUACAUUUUUAUUCCUACAAAUAUAAUAUUUUUUACAAUCAACAUUUAUAAUACUUUGCUUACCACUUCGCUC